AUGGCCAAAGCAUUGCAGUCUGGUGAUAAAUCUCGUUUCACUGAUCUUGACAAUGAACCUGUAGAUCACCUUUUAUCCCCAAUAAAAGGUUAUCAAGAUAAACCACUUGUUUCACUUACUGAAGCUAUUGAACCCGUUGCUGGGUUUUUUAAUGAGAUUGAAGACAAUGUUUUUGUUGCAUUACAUAAUUGUCAAAAUCCAGCGGAUGGAUUAAGUCAACAAGAAUCAGCUUCUAUACAUCUUUAUACAAUGCAAUUUGAUGGUGGACCAAGCUUGUAUCUAUUACUUAAUCAAUCAUUACGUGCUGAAAAUCGUCAAGAAUUGACACCAUGGUUCUCAUUUCUUAAAUUAUUUCUUACUGCACUACAUAAAUUGCCAUCGCAAAGUGGAACAGUAUGGCGUGGUAUUCGAGAUGUUGAUUUAAGUUCUAAAUACAAAACUGGUAUGAAAUUCGCCUGGUGGGGAGUAAGUUCUUGUACGACUCAUAUUGAAGUACUAGAAAAAAAUCAAUUUUUGGGUAAACAUGGACAACGUACUCUUUUUUCAAUUGAAUGUAUUAAUGGAAAAUCUGCUGCAAAGCAUUCAUAUUUCAAAAAUACCGAAAAAGAAAUUAUCCUUAUGCCAGGUUCAUACUUCGAAGUCUUGGGUCAAUUAAAUCCAGCACCUGAGCUUCAUAUUAUUCAACUAAAAGAGAUUACACCACCAAUUAUACUUGUUAAACCACCAUUUUCUAAAUCGAACGAACAAAAGUCUCCUUCGGUUGUUCAUAAACCAAGUACAUUUUCUCCAUCGACAUCAACAAUGGUGACACCAAUGCAACCUGCCAGUGUUGCUUCCAAGAAAAUGACAUCAGGUAAGAAUGAUUCUAUAUUUCCCAUUUUCAUUUUUUCAACCAAUCAUGAUCCGUUUAUCAAUUCAACAAUAUUAAGAUGUGAGAGAAAAAAAAUAUGUUCACGAUAUAUAGAAUUGUUUUCUGGAUUUAUCAAGUAGAUAAUUAAGAUGAAAGUUGAAUACAGCAGUUAACAGAUAUCAUUAAUGAUUCUCUUUUAAAUAAAACAAAAAAAACUCAAUUAUUCAUGUAUGUGUUAGAUGUAGUUGAACUAUAUAAUAGUUUGCACACAGCAAGAUGUUAUUUUACUUCAUAUAAACUUUGACUAGAUAUCAUUAUGACGUGAGACAAUGCUAGCAUAAACCAGAUUCGUUGAGAUGAAAUUUUCAACUGUAAAACGACAAUCACCUUCAGCUGUCGUUUGUUAUUUCUAGCUGCGUUCUGGCAUAAAACUUGACUUAUUUGUAUUUAAAGAAUAAAAUGAAAAUUAUACAAGUGAAAUGAUCAUUUUAACAUUUACAGGUUCAUAUAUACAUUUUUGUUCAUGUGCUUCUGGACUUGUUCUCUGAUCUGAAAAACGACUUUAAUUUUAAGAGUUAAAAACAUAUACGUAUCAAAAUUCAUUAUGUAUGACUACGUCAAUUGCAUCUAAACUGGUCUUAUCCACUACCUGUACCGGGGUGUGGAUGUAGAAAGAAAGGUGUUGGUAUAAUGUUUGCUGUUGCGCUAACACUCACACACUCAUAUUUCACAGAUUCUUUUGUUUCAUCAGGUUGCUGGCAAUCUUAAAAUUCCUAGGAUUUUUCAAACUACCUUGCAUUCCUCGACGUAUAUGUGUUUCUAGGUUGAUAUAAAUUUCUUGAAAUCUUGCAAACCCUAAAAACUCUCUGAUAUUAAACUUCUUCGGGUACUUUUAAAUCUAUGUGUAUCUCUCAUUAUUUGAAUGUCGUGCAUAGUUUGAAUUCACUCAAUUCUUAGAAUUCGCUUAGUUUCACACGUUGCUGCCAUUUUUCUUACACUUUUUCUCGACAUACUCACACUUUGCUAUAGACAUCCUAUAACGUUUACUUAUUAUUUUUAAUCUUUUAUGAGAGCAGUCAGCGUUUUAUACUGAUUAAGAAGGUGAUAAUCUAAGUUUUUGUUUUUGUUUUUAAUCCUUUCUUCGCUUAAAUAUUUCUUUCUUGCUGGAAUCAGGAUUAUACGUUGCGAAACGAUCAGAAUAUUUUGUAGAUUUAUUAGAAUUCAAUGCACUGUACGAAAAUGCUUUUUUUUGCCAAUUAUAUACAAGUGACCAAAUUAAGUUUGAAAUAAAAUGGGUUAGACUACUACAAAAACAAUCAGAAACAUAUCAAAUUAGUAGAUUUCACUAUAUUAUCUCCAAUUAUGUAAAAAUUUAUAGCACCCAAGACGAGAGUUAAAUUAUUUCAAGUACUAAAAGUAAUAUUAUAUAUUAAGUAGAAUUCAUAUUUCAUGUCUGCUCGAUUUGAGUUUUGACUUGAGAUGCUUGCAUGUCAGUAAUUACUCUGAAACGAUGGCAGAUAUCUGAUGCUCGUCAACGAAAUAUAGUUUAACUUGAUUCACUAGAAAUAAGAAGUAUGUCGUUCUAUUUUUAAAUGUUCAAGCUUUACCCGAAAAUGUUUCUAAUUAAAUCAUCGAUAACUGUUUUUAUUUUACUCACUGAAAAUAAUGUACUAUACUUAAUUAUUGGGUAAGAGAAAACCCAAAUUUUAUUUGAUCGCAUCACAAUAAAUUAGAGUAGCACAAUGUAAAGUGCCAGGCCGAUAGUUAAUCAUUGAAAAAAAACUUCAAUAUAAGUCACAAUCGUUUAAUUUCAUUCUUAAAAUUUAAGCUAUUUGAUAGCUUAAAUCAACGAGAAAAGAAAUCAAUUGAUAGGAAGUUUAUUGAUUCAAUGAGUAUCAAAUGAAGAUCAUUAAUAUCAGUGGAAUCAGAUGAACCGUAUACACUUAGAAGAGAAUGCCUUUAGCAAUAU